CUGAGUUUGUCAUCCAUCAUUACAGGUUAUUAUUACACGUUCAACGUUUUGCAAUGCAUUUUUAAAGUAUCUUUACUGUGUAAUCUCUUUGUAAUAUAUAUACACUGCGAUUAGUUUAAUUAAUUAAAUAUAUAUAUAUAUAUCUAUAUAUAUAAAACGUAGUCAUGACGGAGCAAUGGAAGCUGGAUCAUCGCGACAAGAAGAAAAUCAGGGAAGUGAAAAAGAAAGCUCGACCAGAGCUUGCCGAUAAAGCUGCAUGGACCCAGCAAAAUUAUAGCAAGAAUUUUCAAAAAUUUCGGGAAUUUGAGGACAAUGCCGAACGAAUUGAUGAAUCCGGCGUGACUACGGAAGAUUUCAUAGAAAAAUACGAAAAACCUUACAAGCCUGUGAUAAUACGAGGUGUUCAAAUUGGCUGGAGAGCCCAGCACAAGUGGACUAUAGAGAAGUUAGCAAAGAAAUAUCGAAAUCAAAAGUUUAAGUGUGGAGAGGACAAUGAGGGAUACAGUGUAAAAAUGAAGAUGAAGUAUUACGUUCGUUACAUGUUUAAUAACGAAGAUGAUUCCCCCUUAUAUAUUUUCGACAGUUCGUUCGGCGAACAUCCAAGGCGAAAGAGAUUGUUGGAUGAUUACAUAAUUCCUAAAUAUUUCCGAGAUGAUCUUUUUCAUUAUGCUGGAGAACACCGUAGACCGCCAUAUCGUUGGUUCGUCAUGGGUCCUGCAAGAUCUGGUACAGGAAUACAUAUAGAUCCGUUGGGUACCAGUGCCUGGAACGCAUUAAUUUCCGGUCAUAAACGUUGGUGCCUAUUUCCUACGCAUACUCCUCGCGAGCUGUUGAAGAUAACCGCGGCCGAGGGUGGUAAACAGAGGGACGAAGCUAUCACAUGGUUUUCUAUCGUCUAUCCCCGCACAAAGCUGCCGUCGUGGCCGAACGAUUGCCGCCCGAUCGAGAUUCUACAGGUUCCCGGCGAGACCGUUUUCAUUCCCGGUGGUUGGUGGCACAUUGUCUUAAAUCUCGAUGAAACUAUAGCGGUGACGCAGAAUUUCUGUUCGCGCACCAACUUCCCGGUAGUUUGGCACAAAACGGUUCGAGGACGGCCAAAAUUGUCGCGGAAAUGGUUAGAGGUCCUCUACGAUAAGGAACCUGAAUUGGCAACAUUAGCGGAGACCAUAGAUGUAAAGAUGGACACCGGAGUCGCCAGUGAUUCCUCGAGUGGGUCUUCGAGCAGUUCGUCGAGUAGUACUAGCAGUAGUCAAUCCGAGGAUAGCGAGGACGAUAGUGGUCAAGAGUCACUCACCGCGCAUAAGAAGAAAAAGAGAAGAAAAUUGAAUAACAGCCAACCCUGACAAUAUCCAGUAUUUGGAACCUACAGAGACCUCAGACUGUACAGUAUUAACCGACAAUUAUUGUUUGUACUAAGAAUAAAUAUUCUAAUUAUUAUGAUUACGAUUAUAUCUUUACGUUCAUAAUAAAAUAAAUAUUAG